AUGUCACCACAACGGAGACGCGAUGACGUCAUCAAACGGCUUGAAGCCGUCCUACAACGAGUACUGGCCGACAUCGUAGCUGGGCGCAACGCCAAGCUCUCCUUCGAGGAGCAUCAUUCGUACAAGAGCAUUGAGUUCGACUUCGUCACCAAGUGUCACCGACCUGUCGCAGAGCCCUCCCUCACCACCCUGGCGCUUCGGUCCAACAAGACCCUCAAGUCCUUUGUUGUCAUGCUUCGCAUCAUGGAGGUCGUUCACGAGCUACUGCUCAGCAAUAAGCACGCAACCAAGAGAGACAUCUACUACAUGGACGUGACGCUGUUUGAAAAACAAGCCAUCGUUGAUCGAGCCAUCGAGAACAUCGCCUCCAUGCUACAUGUGCCGCGCACAGCGCUUCACGUGGUAGGGACGGAGAAGAGUCUGGUUGCUGGCCACGUCAAUUGGAAGGAGAAAGGCGACACCAUCGAUUGCAUGCACUACCUCCACACCGGUAAGGGUGUACCCGACCUGGCAGCUCGUCGAUUCGUUCGCAUGCUCAAGGACACGCUCCCGUCGCUCGUCGUGCUCGCUCUCUGUGAUUACGAUCCCUGGGGUCUGCAGAUCCUCUGCACCUACGCAUUCGGUUCUCUGCGCAUGACAUACGAUGCCGAGAGCCUGGCGACGCCCGAGCUGCUAUGGCUGGGCGUGCACGACGAAGACUUGAAGAAGUGGGAGCUCCCCGCAGCGUGUUUCGCCAACUUGACCGACGUAGACAAGCGCAAGGGAGAGACGAUGCUGAGCAUGCCCGCCCUGCAGGCCAAACCUACCUGGCGGAACCAGCUCAAGAGCAUGCUAGCCGGUGGCAAGAAGAUCGAGAUGCAAGCCCUUUCCUCGAUAUCGAUCUCCUUCUUGUGCGACACCUUCUUGCCCGACAAGAUGGCCAAGGCGCAGUGGCUGUGA